AUGACACACCAGUUUGUACCGACUCAUGCAUUGCUGGGUACUCCACCGCAUACGCUGAUGACAAAUAUUAUGUCUGUAGGAAAAUCCGCCUAUGGUGUUGCAAAGACUGUAGCAGGUAUCCAGAAGGAGAUCAUGACCAAUGGACCAGUAGAAGCAGGCUAUACUGUUUAUGAAGAUUUCUAUCAGUACACCAGUGGAGUUUAUGUGCAUACCGCUGGGAAACAACUUGGAGGGCAUGCUGUGAAAAUCCUCGGAUGGGGUGUUGACAACAAUACUCCAUAUUGGCUUGUUGCCAACUCCUGGAACACCGACUGGGGAGAGAACGCGAUUACACGUUCAGGUUACUUCCGUAUCGUUCGUGGACUUAAUGAGUGCGGCAUCGAACAUUCUAUCGUUGCUGGUCUGCCAAACUUAAUCCUCAAAAACAUUGCACGUUCAGGUUACUUCCGUAUCGUUCGUGGACUCAAUGAGUGCGGCAUCGAGCAUUCUAUCGUUGCUGGUCUGCCAAAGUAG